AUGGCCCUGUUGUCCAUUAUUCCUUUGGCCUACUUCAUAGGACAAGCUGUUGCCUCGAUUUCAGCACAAUCAUCCAUGGGACUUGGCGCUGCAAUUAAUGCCUUCUUCUCAACAUUAGUAGAGGUCUUCUUGUACUGCAUCGCACUGAACCAAGGUAAAGGACAACUUGUUGAAGGUAGUAUCAUUGGAAGUAUUUUCGCCGGUAUAUUGUUUCUCCCAGGAUUAUCCAUGUGUUUUGGUGCCAUCAAAAGGAAGACUCAACGUUUUAACGUAAAGUCGGCUGGUGUGACUUCGACGAUGCUACUUUUUGCCGUUCUUGCUGCAUUCGGUCCUACUCUGUUCUAUCAAAUUUAUGGAACCCAUGAACUCAAUUGCCUUUCAUGCACCGACACAUAUGAUUCAGCAAGCCGCGAUUGCCGUCGUUGCUAUUUUUCCCAGUCACCAGCAUUGAAUGACAGGUUUUACCUAGAGGCUGUCCGGCCGUACUGCUGGUUUGCUGCUGUUCUCCUAUUUCUUUCCUAUGUCAUUGGGCUAUGGUUUACACUUCGAACUCACGCAGCGGUGAUAUGGAACAACGAAGUAGAAGAGAAGCAAAAGCCAGAACCUAGUGGCGCUGGUCCCCAACAAGCUUCAGGCGGAGCUCCACAAGUCCGCGCACAACGACAUGCUCAGACUGCGGCAGAUGUCCGUGGAAGUGAAAUUCGUGACUCUCAGCUCUACAAGCGCAUUCUUGGGCAGUCCCUAAAGCAAGCCGGACUGAAUCCUAAGGACAACAUUUCCGAAGACGUUAGUCACAAUGGUUCAGUACAAACGCCUCAUUUAGUUCCACCCAAGAGUGCCGCAGGAGAUAGCAUAAAAUCUGAUUAUCAGAUACCAGGAUUUACAGAUAUCCAAAACACAACAUUUGUUAGAGAAGUGGCCGAAAUGGCAGCGACUGCUGCUACAAUCGCUGCUCGAGAUGCCGCCCGGCCACCUCAUCGGAAAACAUCUACCCAUGCACAUAAGAUUCCUUCCUUGAGAACAACAGCCGUACAUGCAGAACCUGAAGAGGCUGCUCAGGCGGAGGCUCAUGCCGCAAGUGGUGGGCAUGAUGCACCAAACUGGAGUCGAAUGAAAAGUUCGGUGAUUUUGUGUGGUGCCACUAUUCUCUACGCGCUCAUUGCAGAGAUUUUAGUCAACACGGUCGACGUAGUUCUUUCAAAUGUAGCCAUUGAUGAAAAGUUCCUCGGUAUCACACUAUUCGCACUUGUUCCAAAUACCACCGAGUUUCUUAAUGCCAUUUCAUUCGCAAUGAACGGCAACAUCGCACUAUCUAUGGAAAUCGGAUCUGCUUAUGCACUUCAAGUGUGUCUACUUCAAAUUCCGGCUCUCGUUUUGUUUAGUGCCAUCAAUGGACAAUGGUUAGAAGGCUCUGAUCUUGUCGAUAAGUCGUUCAGCCUUAUAUUCCCCCAGUGGGAUAUGGUGACGGUCAUUCUUUGUGUGUUCUUACUUAGUUAUAUGUACGGUGAAGGAAAGAGUAACUACUUUAAGGGCUCUAUCCUUUUACUCAGCUACUUAGUUGUUGUCGUUGGGUUCUAUUUCUCGGGAAUGACGGAUCUCGAAGCUAUGGGCGUGAGCCGUUUCGACAUCAUUGAAUCAGGGGGCAGUUUCAAAACUAUUGGUAGAGGCAAGUCAGGACAUGCUUUUCAGCAGUAA